UGGGGGGGGCUCAGAAGGGGGCGGAGCUCUCCGGGAGGACGGCGGCCAAUCAGGAGCCGCCGCGGCCCCGCGGCCCCCGCGCUAUCGCGAGGUCUCUGUCGCGACAGCGGCAGCCCCGUGCGCCAUGGCCGUGGUGUCCGGUUACUUCUUCCUGGAGGUUCUCAUCCUCUGCUCCGUGGCCUCCCUUUGGUACCUCCUGGAGUUCUCGGAGCCGUUCCCGGUGCCCCAGGGCGGGUUCUUCUGCCGGGACCCCGCUUUCGGCCGCCCCUACCCCGGCCCCCCCGGCGCCAGCCGCGCCCCCCCCGCGCUCGUCUACGGGCUCGUCACCGCCGUGCCCGCGCUCACCAUGGUGCUGGGUGAGCUCUUGGGGCCCCUCGGGCGGUGCCGGGGGGGCCCUGCCCCACCUCCGCUGUGGGGCCAGAGCUGCGGAGCCCCCCUGAGGCGGCUGCUGCGGUACCUGGGUGAGGGGGGGCAAAGGGGGCCUCAUAGCCCCCAUUGUGCCCCAUAGCCCCCAUUGUGCC